AGACUUCGACGACGAAAUUCCAUUCGGUUGGACAAAAAAAAUCCCUGUCUGAUCAUGACGCUGUACUAGAAUUAGCACCAAUCGGUCGUUCUUAUCAGUUCAAAAUAGCUAAUCCGUUAGACGUGGAAGUGUUCAUUUGUGAAUAGUUAGUACGUUUGACUGCUAGAAAAUGUCCAAAUUUGUGGUGCUCGUUUUCCUGAUCGCAAGCGUGAUAUACGCCAAGGAGUGCCCGAACAGGUUUCCGUUUCCAUUCCACGAACUGAAAGCAUCGAAUCACACGCAACGGGUCUCGAUGACGUUGGAAGCUGUAUUCAACCGGAAGAAUUCUAAUUUCACUGUCCUGGAAGGCUACUCGUGCCGAAACGCAACCGAAACCCUGUACUGGUAUCAGGUGAUCCAGGAAGGGGACGACACACGAUCCGAAGUUUCCUACAUUGAGUAUGCCGGGGGAAAGAAACGGGGACGGGUGGAUUAUCUUGCCCUCGACGAUGGUAAAUCACGCUACGAGUAUCGAUGGAAGAUUGCCCCAAUAAAGUGAGAUGUGAAGUGA